CGGCGCCCACUGCGAACGCACGACAUAUCCAUUCGGCCGGCGGGGCAGCUCCUUCGUACACCAUUGCACCACAUCAGAUCUACACGACCAGGUCCGCAACAGCCAGAGCUUACAGCCAGAGCUUCAUCAUCAUGUCUGACAACACCACCACCAACAACAACAAUAACAUCUCCGAAUCUACCACAGCCCGCGCUUCUUCCAAUGACUCCCACAGCCCGUCGCGUGCCCGCCGUUCAUCCAUCGCCGGAGACACCCUUGCGGGCUUGUUUGGAGGGACUCGUGGAGUCGGUCAAACACGAAGCGUCAAUGACAACGUGAGCAACGACAACCCGGCCAGCUUAUCUUCUUCACAGACUCAAGAAGGUCCGAUCACCUCUGCGGCGCGUCGCCUCUCUAUGACCACAUUCGGUGGCCUCUCGGCUGCCUCUGGUGCCAACGGACACAACCGACGGGAGAGCACUUUGAGUGCCAGUGUUGGCGGCCUUAACGAGAGCGCCAUCGACGAGGACGAGCCCCUGUCGGCUGAUCCGUCCGUUUCUCAAACGCCAUUUUCCCGGCGGAUGAGCUCCAAUGCUCGUAGCCUGCGGGAGGUGCGUAGCAACAGCAUGGCCGGCGGCUCUCCCAAGGAAGGAUUUAAUUGGUCCGAGAAUCUCCGGACCCGUGCCGAACGUGCAUCCUCCAUCGCUACAAAUGGCUCAGUCGGCAUGAACGGCCACGGACGAAACCGCAGCGUGUCCGUUGUCGACAGUCCUCCACCUCAGCCGAAGCAACAGCCACAGCCACCUGUACAGGAACUCGCCAGACCCAAGGAGCGCGCGCGUCCUGAUCAUUUUCAAGAGAGGAUCCUCAAGGGCGACUUCUAUAUGGACUAGUCCUAUCUUCUCGGAUAAAACUUAACAACAACAUCAGGAGAAACGACAUGAUGAGGAUAGCAACGAGCCGGAACGCCAUUCGAUCCCGCAGCUUAUGGUUUCUCGCG